CAUGUGAAAUUUUGUCAUGAGCAAUGUGACAUCAGUAAAUCGGUUUGUACCAAUAUGUUAUCGUUGUUUGUCUUUUCGUGAACGAAUGUAAACUAAAUGGAUAAAAUUCCAAAUUGAAAAUUCAGUUUAUAAUGUACGUCUACUGGAAGCCGCUUCUCCUUUUAGGAUUUCUCUUCUGGAUCGCAUUGUUUUCCACAGAUGUCUUUCGUAAACACAAAAUCUUCCAGUCUUCUGUCCCCGAAAUGGAAGCCAAUAAUGAAUUCAGCGUCAGGAAGAAUCAAAUCUUCGAAGAAUAUCUCAGAUUAAAAGAAAUACAGAUGGCUAAUACUUCGCUCGAUUCUGAAGAACCACCUCAUAGUUUCGCACCAACCAAAAAGACAACUGUUGAGGAGAAGAAGUCUUCGUCAACGGUUUACUUAGAAGCCACUUCCUCAGAUAAACUAAGUUCAGACCUCGGACUCACCAUGGUAUUCGUCAAUAUUGUUAUAUUUUUAGUCUCGCUUCUUUUCUGUUCGAUCGCCAAGUUUGUUGCAACCAUCAUCUGCAAGUACUUGAGGAAAUCUGAAGUACAAUCACCAAUUCUUGAGAAAUCUGCACCUGUUGAAACAUGUCCCAUUGGAGAUGUCAUCAAAGAUCCAAUUCCAUUUGAAGAAAUCCCAUGUGGUGAUAGAAUAUUGAGAACAACUACCGGUUCAAAUACAGAAUUAAGAGAAAGCGCAGAUCAAAUUUGCCAAACUAUAUUUCAUAGUGCUGUUCCUCUCAAAUAUGACCAAGCGUUGAGAGCAGAAUGUUCAAGAUUAAGGGAGGAACUUUUGACAGUUCAAUCGAAUUCCAUCAAAGAACACGCGUUGCUCUCUAGAAAAUUGGACGCUAUGGCCAAGGAGAAGAGGGACUUGAACAAACGAUUGAACGUGAUCUUGAAAGAAAACAACGUUGCCAAGGUAGAGAUCAAUGGGCUGCUAGAAGACAAGAAAAUCCUGCAGAAGCGUUUGGAUAGUGCUACCAAAGAGGCUAGGCUGAAUACAAAAACCAAGAAGGUGGCACUUGCCAAACUGGAGGAAAUAUCUGCAUCUGUAGAGGAUCUUAAGAGGCAGCUGGAACAGGUCACAAGAGACAAAGAGAUCCUUCAAGGUAAGCUUCAUGUGCUGAGAAAUGAAUACGAGAAGUUACAAGAACGGUUGAGGACAAUGCAGAUCAGGGAAGCGAGCAGAAUGAACGAAGUAAGAGCGACAAAUAUAGAAAUAGAAAAAGCUGAAAAAGACGAAAAUGUAGCUGAAUCAACAAACGUAAAACUGAACGACGAACAGUUGACUGGUGAUAACAGCCAAUCGAGUCUCAAUCGUCUGAUGAGUAAAGAAUCAGUUUUUCUGCCUUACGUGAUCUCUCAGACUGAAAUCGACAUGAAGAAUAUCCAAAUGAAGAUUCUCCAAUUGGAAAAGAGCAUGAAGGGUUUCGAUUCGAAAACGAACAUGCUUGAGGAGAUUUCCAGGUUCGAGAAUGAUACGGAACUUGACCUUGGAUCGUCCCUCAACAAAUCUUCCGAUGAGGCCGAAAAACUAGAUGAUAGAUUGAGUUCAGUACUCGCAAAAAUGAAAGCAACAAGAGAUGAUCUCAGCAAUAAGAAAACGUAUGAUGAAAUAAAGGUUGAAACGUUGCGAAGUGCUUUGAAACAGAAAAUUAAAAUUCUGGAGACUAUGAAAGAGAGAGGCGACGAAUCUUCAAGAACGGGAUGCAUGUCAGAAGCUACCACUAUCGGCGAUGAUGAGUUCGAGAUGUCUUCAGAAGAAGCUUCAUCGCCUAGAUUUCUCAGCAACUCGCAGGCAUUCCAGAAGUUCCUGAAGCAUAUCGGUGCUGAAACAACAAUGAUCAAUAUCGGUGAUAGUAACUUGAAUACAGAGUAUAAAAUGGAAAAUUAGUGUACAAAAAUAAAUAUAUAAAGGCGAUUGAAA